GCACGGCGGACGACGGUCGUGACGCACCAUCGGUAGACCAUAUAGAGAGCUUGCGAUCGCGCCCGUGUGUGUGUACGCGUAUAUAUGUGCGUGUGCGGCGGUGUUUGUGCUUCGAUUGACUUAUCGUAAUUUAUUUUUUUUUUUCUUUCUCACCCGGUCUGCUUCUCCGCACCCGUGCGCAUCGACGCUUUAGCCCUUCGGACCACUCGACCGGAUUUCGAUUAUUAAUUCCGUGCAAUAUACAUAUUGAACUUUGAUAAUAUCAUCAUAAUCGGUAUUUAUCGCCGACGUCGCCGCUCAAAUAUCUAAUACGCAAAUCGUCCAUUUCGCCGCGUCGCUCCGUCGAUACGAUAAUAAUAUCAUAUUUCGUUAUAGUAUUAUCAUUAACCGUUUGUACACACGCGUGGCGUUCGACAAUAAUAAUAUCAUUAACGCCCUCGUGGUCGUCGACCGAUUUCGCGGGCCCAUCCGUCGAGAGUGUGCGUUCGCGCGAGCAGAGCUUACUUCCGCUUCGGGACACGGGACCUGCCCCGGAACGAGCUUUGAUAUACCGAUUUUGACGAGGUGAAUGACAUCGUGGAAGGGGUUAUGAUUGGGAUGGAGCUAGGCUUGGGGCACCAUGGGGGCUCCCUGCACCCUCACAAUAUGCCACAACAUCAGAUGCACACACAAGGUCUUAUGCAUCAAACACAACAGCAGAUGCACCACGACGAUGUGGGAUCGGGAAACAUUAGCAGCAGUAGCAGCGUCAACGGUUUUUCACAAGAAGGUCACGGCGGUGUAAAUCAACUGGGCGGAGUGUUCGUAAACGGCCGGCCGUUACCGGACCUGGUCAGGCAAAGGAUAGUCGAGCUGGCACACAACGGGACCCGACCGUGCGACAUAUCCAGACAGCUCAGAGUUUCUCACGGAUGCGUUUCGAAAAUCUUGUCCAGGUAUUACGAAACUGGUAGUUUCAAAGCCGGAGUUAUCGGAGGUAGCAAACCCAAAGUGGCUACGGCGCCUGUUGUAGAUUCCAUAGCGAACUACAAACGAGAGAAUCCUACUAUGUUUGCUUGGGAAAUCCGAGACAGAUUGCUGGCCGAAGGCGUUUGUACUCAAGACAACGUACCCAGCGUUUCGUCAAUCAAUCGGAUCGUCCGGAACAAGGCGGCCGAGAAGGCGAAACACGUGCACAACCAACAGCAGAACCUGCACCACCAUCAGAACAGCAACAGCAACGGUAGCACGGGCGGUCCGCCGAGUCAACAGCAUCAUCAGCAGCAACAACAACAGCAGCAGCAGCAGCAGCAGCAGCAGCAGCAACAGCAACAGCAAGGAUCCGGUCCCGUGUCGGUGAUAGCCCACGCACCGGCCCCGCAACAGUCGGCCGGAGGUGGCGGUCACCUCCACGACCGGUAUAGCAUAAACGGUAUACUCGGCAUACCGCAACACGACCCCAACGGUAACGUGACCACGGCCAAACGGAAACGCGAUCUGGACCAUCACCACCAUCAUCAACAACAUCAGAAUCACCAUCACACGGACGAAAACCGAGACCUGAACGGCCACGCAGACCACCAGCAGCAAAUCAAGAGGGAACGAUCUCAAGUGCACUACAACGGCGACGCGUCGCUGUACUCAAAUGUAUCUCUUUGGCCCGGCAAGUGGUGUUUGAAAGACGAACACAAGCUAUUCUCAGAGCUGAACGCGGCGGGCGUGACGUCCGGCGGGGGCACGUCGCCGUUCUACGACGCCAACCAGACGGCGUUCUCGGCGACACCGCUGUCGGCUGACCUGUACGAGAGCAUGCAGGCCCAACCGCCGCAGCAACAGGCCCAGAACGCGACGCCCGUCUACACGCCGCCCGUGCCCACCACGCUCGUAGGCGGAGUCACUCCCCUUGCCCCGUUGACGAUGCAAGAGAUCCAAAAGAUGAGUCCCAGUACCGUUUUAGAUCAUACCCAUUUGUCGCCCGUACAAUACCACACAGAUAGCGGUACCGCCCCGGGUGGGUUUAGUAACGGCGGCAGCGGCGGCGGUGCCGGACCUCAGCAGUCCGGCGGCGUCUCCCUGUCGUUGUCAGCGGCGGACGUCACGCCCGCCGGAUCGCCCGACCCGUCGAGCCUGACCGUGUUGCAACCGGCCAACAACAACCAGAACAACGGUACGGUGUACGCGGCUUCGGCGCCCACCAUGUUACCGGGUUUCACCACGCACUACGCCACAGCAGGCGCCGGCACCGAAUACGCGUCGUACACCAGCUCGCCCUACAACCAGUACGCGUCGUCCCCGUACGCAGGUUACAGCUACAACCCCACCGGCACCAGCGGUCUUCUCAAUCACCGUUACUAUUACAACAACAGCAACGGCCACAGUAACAACGCGCACGAGAUCUGCGGCAACGAGACGGGCAGCAGCGCCAGCAUGGCGGCCAGAUCGCCGGUGGCGGCCACGAGGGCCAACUCGGCGGCCUGCGCCAGCGCCUCGUCGCCGCUGGGCAGCGCGUCAUCACCGUGCCAGGCCAACAACCCGGGCGCGGUGACGUCGCCGUACAUCGGCAUAAGUUAGAGGAGUAGGACCACCACGGAGAGAGAAGAGAAAACGCCCGAGCCGCGGCCCAGCCAUCAUCAAAAAUAUAAUUAAUACGAUAUAUUACAAUAUUAUAUGAUAAACAUGACGAUAAUCGUUAUCGUUGUAAAUAUAUUAUAUAAGUAUUAUACAUUUAUAACGCAUUUAUGUAAAAAUUAAUAUAUUAUACGUAGGCGACGUACAAAAAACGAUUUGUGCGUCGAUUAAGGCACAUAGCAAGUGUAGGCACUGUGCGCGCGUGUGUAUUUGUGUACGUGUGUACGACACGACUAUACUCGCCCUGCGGUUUAGGUAUAUAUAUAUAUAUAUAUAUAUAUCGUGUAUAUAUAUACUCGAACGAUGUUAUGAUACGGAGUGUUAAUUGAAAAUUGGUUCUUAUUUUUUAGUUUUUUUUUUUUACGCGGGUGAUUGUAGAGACGGAUUUCGUGAACAUUAUCAAAAUUACCGAUUAACGAGUACCGAUCAUUUUCUUAUUUUUUUGUUUUUAUUUAUAUACGUUAUGUUUAGGCAUUAUAUGUGUACGUCUAAAGCGAAUAACUUAAGUCAUAACUCCGAAAGCUAUAUUACAAUAGAUAUAAUAUAGUGGUUUAUAGUAUAAUUGAUGAAAUGUCGAGUCCGAUAGUCGUGUAGUGCAUGAAUAAGUGGACACGAUUUUAGAAUACAAACACGAUAUACGAUACUAUUAUUGUAAUGCAUUUUGUUUACCGAAUCUUAGUAUUAUAUAUUUUCCCCUUAUUUGCUUUUUUUUUUUUUUAUAUAGAAAACCAAAGAUAUAUUUAUAGUGUUGUUAUUUAUAUACAGAAUCCAAAUCUUAUGUAUAUUAAUUCUAUAUAUAAAAUACUAUACAUAAUAUUAUUAUAUUAAUCGAUCAAAUCGCAGUUUGUUUAUCAUGAGUUUUAAUGUUAUGAUGUGUUAUAUACUUGAUGUACAUACAAUAUUAUAAAAUAUGUAACUAUAUUAUUAAAUAUAAUAAUCACACUCUAUCUGAACAUUUUUUGUGACUAGCCAAUAAAUAUUGGAUUUAUGUACUUUUAAUUAGAUACAUUUAAAUUUGUAUAUCAAUGGUUCUCUCUUGUUUAAUUAAUUAAUUUUUGAAGACUACCUAUGUAUUAUGUACCUCCACUACUUUUAUUUUUAUUUUUAUUUGAACAAGGAUAACGAAAAAAGCUCAUAUUUAAUGCUCUCUCCAAACAAUUGAUCUUUUUUUAACGUUGUUUUUAAUCAAAUUCUAGUCUAAUUUUAAUUUUAUUCGUAUAUAAUUAUUAAUAACAAAUUUAUAAUAACCAAUAAAAAAAUAGGUUAUAUUUUGUUCAUGUGCAAAUUAAUAUCUAUAAAAUCCAAAACAAAAUUUACUCGUCUUUAAGACAAAAUAUGUGCAAUGUCUGUAUGAAUUUGUAUUUAUAUAUUAUUAUUAUUAUUAUUAUUAUUAUUUUUAUUUUUUUUUUUAUGUAUACAUAUAAAAAAGUAAUAUUAUGUAUCCUAUUUGAGUACUUUUUUUAAACAUAAAUCGAACACACCCUAGUCAAUAAGUGAUGCUUCAACGCACUAAUCAAUGCACUUAAGUGAUUUUGUACUUACAUUUUUCAAUUUUUAAAUCUUUAGACGUUUUCUAUUUAUUAAAAAUGUUUAUAAAAAUAUGUAAGACAUUAUCUUUAUUAUACAUUUAUUUGUUAUUUUUGUAUUAUUUUUUCUUAUUUCAAUUUAAAUGUAUUAUAAUAAUUCUCAUACUAAUUUGUAGGCGUUUCAUGACUUCAAACAAUUGUAUUAAGUAAUUUAUUUAUUUUGUGUUAGAAACUCGACCAGUUAUUAUAUUAUAUACUUACUUACCAAAGAAAACUUUUAGAAGAUCUUGAAAUUCGUUUUAAUAAAAAUAUGAUAUAUUAUUAUAAUAAAACUAUAGUGUUGAUAAAACUGUAUAUUAUGCAUAAUUAAGAUGUUUGUGGUCCCUUAUGUAUGCUGUAUGACCAAAAUUGUACUUAAUAAUAAUGAAUAUAAAUUGUAAAAACAAAUUAUUAUACUUAUAAGAUAAUAAAAGAAGUCUGUUCAUGAA